CACCGGGGUGGGUUCGUUGAGAUCCCUGGCGGUGUUUCACGGGAGAGCGCUUGAGCUUAGACGCGAGGAGAGGAGCAUAUAGAGGAGGAGUGGGCUUAGACGAGGCGAGGAGGUGCAUAGAGUGGACGAGCGUUCAAAAAUACUUUCGUCGUUGACCAGGGGCGCACACCUGCUGUCCGAGCGCCCUCCCUUCCCCGCCAGUAGUUCCGAUUUUGUCCAAGGCGCAGCGCUGCCACCGGCACUACUUAAAGACGCCCCCCUUCUACGGCUUUGCCCGUUGAAGCGAAGUCCCCAGUGUGCCGUUAACAGACACUACUCAAAGCAACACCCUCAAACAUGCGACAACAGUGAAAACUCCAAGUGAUUGUGUGGGCACUCUCUAUAGACUGUCAGUGAUAUUUUUUUUUCUUCAUACGGGAUCGAACCUAGACAAUAGUAUACGCACGUUCAUAAGUGUGAGCGUGUAACCGUCCAAAAUGGAAGACGGUCAUAUGAAAACCGUUGAAGAGGCUCUGACCUACUUCAGCGUUGACCAAGAGAGGGGGUUGUCUCUUGACCAAGUCAAGAGGAAUCAGGAAAAAUACGGGCCCAACGAAUUGCCAACUGAAGAAGGAAAAUCAGUAUGGCAGUUAGUACUGGAACAAUUCGAUGACUUAUUAGUCAAGAUUUUAUUAUUAGCCGCUAUUAUUUCUUUUGUACUCGCGUUAUUUGAAGAACAUGAUGACCAGUUGACUGCGUUUGUUGAACCUUUUGUCAUCUUGUUGAUCUUGAUUGCCAAUGCCGUCGUAGGUGUAUGGCAGGAACGAAAUGCCGAAUCAGCCAUCGAAGCGUUGAAAGAAUACGAGCCCGAGAUGGGCAAAGUGAUCAGGUCGGACAAGUCCGGUGUGCAGAAGAUCAGGGCCAAGGAGAUUGUGCCCGGAGACAUCGUCGAAAUCUCAGUCGGUGACAAGAUUCCCGCUGACUUGAGGAUCAUCAAGAUCUACUCGACAACAUUGAGGAUCGAUCAGUCCAUCCUGACUGGAGAAUCCGUCUCAGUCAUCAAGCACACUGACCCCGUUCCUGACCCACGUGCUGUCAAUCAGGACAAGAAGAACAUUCUGUUUUCGGGCACCAAUGUGGCCGCUGGCAAGGCGCGCGGUCUGGUAAUCGGCACCGGUCUGAACACCGCCAUCGGCAAGAUCCGUACCGAGAUGUCGGAGACUGAGGAGGUCAAGACUCCACUGCAACAGAAGUUGGACGAGUUCGGUGAACAGCUGUCCAAGGUCAUCUCGGUCAUCUGCGUUGCUGUCUGGGCCAUCAACAUCGGUCACUUCAACGAUCCCGCCCAUGGCGGUUCCUGGAUCAAGGGUGCCGUGUACUACUUCAAGAUCGCCGUCGCCCUGGCUGUGGCCGCCAUUCCGGAAGGUCUGCCCGCUGUGAUCACCACCUGUCUGGCCCUGGGUACUCGCCGCAUGGCCAAGAAGAACGCCAUUGUGCGCUCUCUGCCCUCCGUCGAGACGCUCGGCUGCACAUCUGUCAUCUGCUCCGACAAGACUGGCACGCUCACCACCAACCAGAUGUCCGUCAGCAGACUGUUCUUCUUCGACAAGAUUGAAGGAGGCGACAGCUCAUUCCUUGAGUUCGAGAUGACUGGAUCCACAUACGAGCCAAUCGGCGACCUCUUCCUGAAGGGCCAGAAGGCCAAGGCUUCCGACUACGAAACCCUCCACGAGCUGGGAACAAUCUGUGUUAUGUGCAACGACUCCGCCAUUGACUUCAACGAAAUUAAGCAGUGCUUUGAGAAGGUUGGUGAAGCCACCGAGACCGCUCUGAUUGUGUUGGCCGAGAAACUGAACCCCUUCGGCGUGCCGAAGACCGGCCUGGACCGCCGUACCGCCGCCAUUGUUGUGCGCCAGGACAUCGAGACCAAGUGGAAGAAGGAGUUCACCCUGGAGUUCUCGCGCGAUCGCAAGUCCAUGUCGUCCUACUGUGUACCGCUCAAGAGCUCCAAGCUCGGCUCCGGACCCAAGCUGUUUGUCAAGGGUGCGCCAGAAGGUGUGCUUGAGAGGUGCUCACACGCUCGUAUUGGAGGCAACAAGGUUCCUCUGACCUCGACACUGAAGAACCGCAUCCUGGACCUGACCCGCCAGUACGGUACCGGCCGCGACACCCUCCGCUGCCUGGCUCUGGCCACCUGCGACUCCCCCAUGAAGCCCGACGAGAUGGACCUCGGAGACUCGACCAAGUUCUACACCUACGAGGUGAACCUCACCUUUGUCGGCGUUGUCGGCAUGUUGGACCCGCCGCGUAAGGAGGUCUUCGACUCCAUCCAGCAGUGCCGUGCCGCUGGUAUCCGUGUCAUCGUCAUCACUGGUGAUAACAAGGCAACAGCUGAAGCUAUCUGCAGACGUAUCGGUGUGUUCGGUGAAGAUGAAGACACAACUGGCAAGUCCUACUCUGGCCGCGAAUUCGACGAUCUGCCCGUCGCCGAACAGAAGGCCGCCUGCGCCCGCUCCCGUCUCUUCUCCCGUGUCGAGCCCGCCCACAAGUCAAAGAUUGUUGAGUUCUUGCAGAGCAUGAAUGAAAUUUCCGCCAUGACUGGAGACGGUGUGAAUGACGCUCCCGCCCUGAAGAAGGCCGAGAUCGGAAUUGCGAUGGGUUCAGGAACAGCUGUUGCCAAGUCGGCCGCCGAGAUGGUGUUGGCUGAUGACAACUUCUCCUCCAUUGUGGCCGCCGUUGAGGAGGGCCGUGCCAUCUACAACAACAUGAAGCAGUUCAUCCGCUACCUCAUCUCAUCCAACAUUGGUGAAGUCGUCAGUAUCUUCUUGACAGCCGCUCUGGGUCUCCCCGAAGCGCUGAUCCCCGUGCAACUGUUGUGGGUCAACCUGGUCACUGACGGUCUCCCCGCCACCGCCCUCGGUUUCAACCCCCCUGACCUGGACAUCAUGAGCAAACCACCCCGUAAGGCCGACGAGGGUCUCAUCUCCGGCUGGCUGUUCUUCCGCUACCUGGCCAUUGGUGGAUAUGUCGGCGCUGCUACCGUCGGUGCUGCCGCCUGGUGGUUCAUGUACUCGCCCUACGGACCUCAGAUGUCUUACUAUGCUCUCACUCACCAUCUGUCGUGCAUUGGCGGUGGAGAGGAGUUCAAGGGCAUUGACUGCCACAUCUUCCACGACCCCCAUCCCAUGACCAUGGCUCUCUCCGUACUUGUCACCAUUGAGAUGUUGAACGCCAUGAACAGCUUGUCUGAGAACCAGUCUCUGAUCUCAAUGCCUCCCUGGAGCAACCUCUGGCUCAUCGGUUCCAUGGCUCUGUCUUUCACUCUUCACUUCGUCAUCCUCCAUGUUGAAAUUCUUUCCACUGUAUUCCAAGUGACACCUCUGUCGGCCGACGAAUGGAUCACCGUGAUGAAAUUCUCGAUCCCAGUUGUGCUGCUCGACGAAACACUCAAGUUCAUCGCUAGAAAGUUCGCUGACGUCACGCCGGAGGUUGUUAAAGACAAAUGGUGAAAAGCUUCAAUUUUGUUUUAUUUUGUAAAAAAAUCAAUAAUUCUCAUCACAACGGACAAUAAUUUAUGCUUUGAGUAGUUUUAAUCUGAAACAAAUUCUGGAUAUCUUUUGUUAUUUAAGAUGGUAACUGUUAACGAAAAAAAUUGAAAAUAAAUUCAAGUAAAAAAUCAAAACUCGUGCUGCGGCUAUUCAUUUCAAAAUGUUUUUAGUGAUUUUUGGUUUUUGCUGUUUGAUUGUUUGAAAAAGUAGGAGUUAUUGUGAUUAAAAUCAGAUUGAACUGAUUUGUUGAGUGUACAAACGCUGUUAUAUUUCUUAUUGCUCUAUUCACUUGGCUUCUUUCUCAUUUUUCCAGUUGGAGAUGUUGCUAAAAGCAGUUGGUAAUUUGUCAACUGCCUUCCACUUUCUGUCUCUCUUCCAUGCUUCAGAUUUCUGCUUCUUCAUCUUCAUUCAUCGUUCAUUUCUUCUUAUCUUUCUUCUCACUUUCACCGAAAUUUCUUCAAUCUUAAUCACACAUACUUUCGCAAUAACAAACCUUCCCUUCCUCACAUUAAUAACCAUUCAUUAAUUUUCUCUUAUAAUUUAAUUCUCAGUUAACUCAGCAUCACCUCAUUCUAUAGCACUAAUCAUUCACCCUCUAACUGACAUUUUCCAUUAAUGUCUUCCCUAACAUUCUUAGCUUCUAGGCAUUUCUUAUUAAUUUAAAGUUAUAACUUCUCUAGCUAAUUUCAGAGUUGCCUAACUGUGGUUUUUCUAGAUAGACUGUUAUGCCCAGUAGUGUUCCAGUUUUUCAUUAAUAAAUCACCAUAUGCCAUUCGAGGUACGACUCGAAGUUAGUUACCUGGUGUAAUUGAAAAUCAAUAAUACUUCAGACUCAUCGAGAACUCUUCAAUUGUUUUGUUUUUUAUGUUAUUGUAUUUUGUUAUAUACAUUAUCUAGAUUAUAAAUAUUGAAAGUU